GCCGCCUGGAUGUGACCUGCAGGGAGGGAAAGAUAUUCCAACAUUUACACUGAGAAACAUUAAUAAUAAUCAUCACAAUCAGCUCCUCAGGAGGCGAGAUGGGACACAAAGCAACAAGGCUGAUGGGAAAUGCGGAUUCCAGUUUAUCUGCAGGUCACUGAUGGGAUUUGGACAUGAUCGACCUGACUUGACCAGAUUUAUUCCUCCUUGGUUCUGGAGAUGAACAGUCUGGUCAUGAGACUGAGACAAACUGGGAGUCUGCUGCUGCUGCUGAUGAUGAUGAUGGUCCUGCUGGACUUGACAAACUAUGUUUGGAUGCUGCCGGCGCUCAGCAGAGUUUCCAUGGAGUCUGUUGACAUGAGACACACACUGAAGUGGCGCCCCCUGCAGUCUCACUGCAACUCAACAGUCCUCUACUCCGUCCAGUUCCAGGGGGAGUUCGAGCUGAUGUUCCUGAACGGCAGCUGGGUGGACGCUCCUGACUGCCAGCAGAUCCGCCACACUCACUGUGACCUGACCUUUGACCUGGGAUCUGACUCUGACUACAACCUCCAAGUCAGAGCGCAGUGCGGCUCGUUGCUGUCGCCCUGGACUCGACUCAGCCGACCCUUCAACCGCAGAGACACGGUCCUGUCGAUGCCUGAGAUGACGGUGACGGCGGUAGGCGACGCUCUUCAGGUGUCUUUCAAGAAGCUUCCUCUCACAGCCACCAUCAACGUGACGGUGUGGAAGAGAGGCGACGAGCUGCAGGCUGAUGUCUACAUGAUGCCAGCUGAGCAGACCCCGCUGCAUGUUGCCGCCCUGCAGGAGGGAGCAGAGUACUGCGUCAGAGCUCAGACCGUCCUGGACACUCAGCUCCACAGCAGCAGCACCGACACUCACUGUGUGUCUAUCACAGGUCCAGAUGCUUCGUGGAAGCAGAUGACCACUGUGACUGUCACUGUCAUCGUCAUGGCCGGUCUGCUGUUGGCUGUGUUCUGGUCCAUCAUUCACUGCUGUCCAGAUUUCUGCCAAACAUAUUUCCAUAAAGAGCCACUGCCUCUCUCACUGCGACCUGAUUGGGACAUUCAGAUCCUGAUGAACGUUCAGGAUGCAGAGCUUUGUGAGCAGAUCCAUGUGGUGCCGGCACAUCUGGAAGACCAAAGUACUGAACUGAACAUGAUGGAUUUUGUGGAGUAAAAGUUUCUCUCGUGGAGGUUUUUGAGUUUGUGCCACAUUCAAAUCUGAAGCAAAAGGAGAAAAUGAAACAACAGCAAGACGCAGUGAGACAACGGAGCUGCUUAGUUUGAGGGUCAAACUAUGCAGUAAGCAGUCUUACGGUGGUCUGAUGGUGACCUGCAGACCAGAGUUUGUGGCGUAGCUGCUUAUAAAGAUGAACGUAGUGAGGUGUGACGUCCCCCGUUGAGUUUGAGCGGUUUGAGCAGAGAAGGGUGGUAGAUAACUACGUUUAACCCUAAGCAAGCUGUCAAUAAAGAGAACAGCACUCACAUGAAGCCAUCCGCCA